AUGUCUACCAAGUUCAAUAACCCUAGAGACAACGCAAAGAAUGGCCCGAAAAACAAUCCAAAAGUCAGCCCUUACGACAGCGUGAAGAGUGGUCUUAUAAACAAUCUAAAGAAUGGCCCUUAUGAUACCGUGAAGACUAGCCAUACAAACAAUGUAAAGAAUGACCCUACUGACAAUUUAAAGAGUCACCCUGCAGACAAUAUUCCUGCAGACGAUGUAGAGAAUGUUCCUACAGACAACACGAAGAAGGGUCCUACAGACAACGUAGAUAAUAUCCCUACAGACAACACAAAGAAGGACUCUGUCAACAACGCUGGAAAUGGCCCAAUUUCUUUGGAUUAUGACCUAAGAUCUUGUUUGACACCAAAUGUGAUAUUUUGGUCAUUUGUUUUGGUAACAGUGGUGAUUAUACCUAUUGCUGUAUUUUAUCCUUUAACUUACUGUACUAACAUGGACGUGGGAAGUAUCCUCGGGUUUACUUCGAUAUCAAAUGGAUUGCCAAGUAUGCUUCAACUUCCAUUUCGUUUCUGGCAAUUAUGGAAGCAAGACGGAGGCGAUAGACGUCCACUUAGUGGCCAUAUUAUGGAUCUAUUUAUGUGGGAAUACGUUAUCAAUUUUAUACUUCUCACCAUUGUAUACAUCGUCUCAACAUCGGUUCCUAUUCCGUAA